UUUGAUAUAUAAUCGUAUCAUUCAUGUCGACAAAAAAUGUUUUAUUUGUUUUUUUAAUUGGUGCGUUAUUAUUGUGCUAACCUAAUAUUCAUAUUUGAAAUGAAGAGUUUUAUAAGCUAUACAACCGCAGUUAUAUUUGCAGUGGAUCUACUGGCAACUUCAGGUGAUAUUACAAUGACCUGGACAUCGCCGAUGUUUUCAAAAUUAUACUCCAACGAUACCACCGUAAAUCCACUUCCGAAACCGAUUACUGAAGCUCAAGAUGCAUGGAUAGCCUCACUAAUUAACGUUGGAGCUAUGAUUGGAGGAUUUCCUUUCAGCUAUAUUUCUGAACACUACGGAAGGAAAGUUUCCUUAUUAGGAGUUGGAGUAUUCCAUAUGGUAGCCUACCUCUCAAUGGCUUUUGCUCAAUGUGUCGAGUUAUUUUAUUUUGGAAGGAUUCUUGGAGGACUAGCAGUAGGAGGAGGAUACACUCUACUUCCGAUGUAUAUUGCAGAAGUAGCAGAGGAAAAGAAAAGAGGUGCCUACUCCGUGACUCUAGGAAUAUUUUGGGGUUUUGGAAACUUUUUACCCUACCUUAUUGGUCCUUUUCUAUCUGUGAGAGUUUUUAACCUUAUUAACUUCUCUUUACCAUUAUUAUUCGUGAUAUUGUUUUUCUUUUUUGGUAUCGAAACACCGUACUAUCUUAUUGGUGCAAAUAAACUUGAGAAAGCAGAAGAAGUAUUAAUGUUGUUAAGAGCUGAAGAUCGUAAAGGUGUACAGUUAGAACUACAAAACAUUAAAGCUUCUUUAGAACAAGAGAAACAUGAAAAUGUAGGUGGUUUCACCAACAUAUUUACUAACCCUGGUGUAAGAAAAGCUUUCAUUAUUUCAAUUUCGUUAAUAUCAUUUCAACAAUUAUCUGGUUGGAAUGCUAUAACUUUUUAUCUUCAACCAAUAUUUGAAGCGUCUAAUACAAAUCUAAGCCCAGAAAUAUGCUCUCUUAUUAUUGGUGCUUGUAUUUUUGGCUUUGCCUUACCAACUCCAUAUUUCACUGAUAAAAUAAACCGGAAGGUUUUAUUAAUAUUCUCGGACGUUGGUUUAGGUUUAGGAUUAUUGAUACUGGGCGUAUUCUUCUAUAUAAAAAAUAGAACAGAUUGGAGUAUGAGUGCAAUAUCUUGGAUUCCAAUUCCAACACUAAUAAUGUGUACUUUCGCCUUUCAAGUAGGUUUGGCUGCGUUACCUUGGACAAUUUCAUCUGAAAUAUUUCCAAAAAAUGUCAAAAAAUUAUCUUCGGCAACUACAUCGUCUUCUUGCUGGAUAGUGUCGUUUUUAAUUACCCAGUUUUUUAAUACAAUGAAACAGAAUUUGGGUACAGAUGGAACAUUCUUUUUUUACGCUGUUUUUACUUUUAUUGCAGCAUGCUUCACCUUAUUUUAUGUUCCCGAAACAAGAGGUAAAACUUUUGUCGAAAUUCAGCAAAUGCUUAAAUCCUAAAAUGUUAAAACAUUUUGGACCAGAUCCUUGAUGUAUUAAUUUUAACGGGUACCUAUAAUAUUUACUGAAAAUCAGUAAGAAAUGAAAGUAAUAUAUAAAACUGCCGUAUACAAAAUAAAAAGUUGAUACGUUUUUAACAUAAUUUUAUCUUUUUUGAACCUCAUUCCAUCAUCCAUCGUACAGUUAAUUGACUGAAGAAAUAAUUUUUAUUUAAAUUUUACUUAAAAUUAUUAAUGUCACUUUUUUUGAUAAUAGAAUACAAUAUCACUAAUCCGGUACUAGUAAGAACCAGAGGGUGCCGGAUAUACUAUAGGUGUAUAGAAUAAUUCAUAAUAAUAGUCCAGUCGGGUUAGACGAAUAACAGGCCUAACCUUGCAUUAGGAGCUGCCCCAAAUUUUAUUUUUCUAAUCUUUAGGGAGGCUCAAUAUUAGUAUAAAUUUAAAAUCUUGACUGAAUUCCACCGUUGCGUUAGCCGCCAUCUUGAUUUUAAACGAGAACCGUUUCUGCUCAAUAUCUCCGCCAUUUUCAAUUUUUUGACAAAAAGUGUAGAAACUGAAAUUGUUGAAAAUACGAUUUUCUAUAAUUUCAUUUAUUAUAAUUUUUUUCGUGCGGUCGAUAUUUUCCGAGUUAUGAGGGGAAAAUAGUGACAGUUGGAGCAUAAUUAUUGAAUUAUUGAAUUAUCUCGUUUAUUAUUAGUUUUACAACAAAUAUGUACCUGUACAAAAAUGAAGAGAAUUAAAUUCUACACAAUUUUGAUCUCUUUCAUUUUUUUGCUAAAAUUAAUAUUUAAGGUAGUACGUAUGCGGUAAUGGCGCGAGCGUAAGACCGGAUUGAUUUUAUAGCAAUUGUUUUUGUUCAAUAUCUACGCCAUUUUCAACUAAAAUUGUUCAAAAUAUAAUUUUCUACAAUUUCUUUUUAACAAUUUUUUUCAUGCGGUUGAUAUUUUCCGAGUUACAUCUGAAAAUAUUAAAAAGUGGUGGGGGGAGCAUAAUUAUUGAAUUGAAUUUUGUAUCCGAGCUGCCCCAAAUUUUAUAAUUAUAUCCUUUAGGAGAGAUCAAUAGUAGUGUAAAUUUAAAAUCUCGACUGAAUUCGGCGGUUGCAUUAGCCGCCAUAUUGAUUUUAAAUGAGAACUGUUGUUGCUUAAUAUCUCCGCCAUUUUCAACUUUUCAACAUAAAUGGUGGGAAAGAAAAUUGUUGGAAAUGCAAUUUCCUACAAUUUCUUUGGCACAAUUUUUUUAUACGAUCAAUAUUCUCCGAGUUAAGGGGGAAAAUAAUGGAAGCGGAGGGGAAGCAUUAUUGAAUUGUCUAAUUUAUUAUUAACUUUACGACAUAAUUGUACAUUAACAAAAAUAAAGAGAAUUAUAUUUUAUACAAUUUUUGAAACUUCCAAUGAAACAUCAACCAAACUAAGUAUAUAAAAAACAUAAAAAGACAUUAUAUACAUUAAGUUCACUUAAUUUUAUUAACUAGCGGGUUUUAUUGGUUGAGUUUGUCUGUCGAUAGUUUAAGUUUUAUGUCAGCUAAUAUAUCGUAAUGUUCCAACAAUUUUUUUUAAAUUUUGGACCCUGUUGGGGGGAAUUUUCCCAUUUCCCCCCUUGUAGACCCGCCACUGGUUCUCUCGAAAAAUUGUAGUAAAUCGUAAUUGCAACAAUUUCAGUUCUUACACUUUUUGUCGAAAAGUUGAAAAUGGCGGAGAUAUUGAACAAAAACAAUUGCUAUAAAAUCAAUCAGGUCUUACGCUCGCACCUUUACCACAUACGUACUACCUUAAAUAUUGAUUUUAUCAAAAAAAUGAAUGGCAUAAAAAUUGUACAAAAUUUAAUUCUCUUCAUUUUUGUAUAGGUAAAUAUUUGUUGUAAAACUAAUAAUAAACGAGAUAAUUCAAUAAUUCAAUAAUUAUGCUACAACUGUCACUAUUUUCCCCUCAUAACUCGGAAAAUAUCGACCGCACGAAAAAAAUUAUAAUAAAUGAAAUUAUAGAAAAUCGCAUUUUGAACAAUUUCAGUUUCUACACUUUUUGUCAAAAAAUUGAAAAUGGCGGAGAUAUUGAGCAAAAACGGUUCUCGUUUAAAAUCAAGAUGGCGGCUAACGCAACGGCAAAAUUCAGUCGAGAUUUUAAAUUUAUACUAAUAUUGACCCUCCCUAAAUAUUAGAAAAAUAAAAUUUGGGGCAGCUCCUAAUGCAAGGUCAAAUGCUAUCCCGACUGGGCUAUAAAUACAAUAAAGCAUGUUAUAAAUGGAAUAGGUCUUCUUCUCACAUUCAUUGCCUCCUGUGGAGGUUGCUGAUCAUCAUGGAUAUAUGCACUUUCAAAACUGCUGAACCAUUCACUAAGGUUUCGCGGCCAAGAAAUUCUUCUACGUCCCACGCUUUUUCGUGCGACGAUAUUUUCUUUGAUUAACGCUGUAGGAAUUCAUAUCAUGCUUCUAGUAGAAAUGUGGCCAAGAAACUAAAGUCUUCUCUUCUUAUAUCUCUUAAUAUUCAGUAUUUCCAGCCGUGCCUGAUUUGUGAUUCUAUCCGUCCAGAAGACUCUGAAAACGCGGUUGUAGACCCACCUCUCAAAGGUCUGUGUAAGGAUGGGAAAAACCUACCGGUUAUAACCUGAAACCGGUUUUUUACUCCGCAAUUAUCGGUUUACCGGUUGUUUUUUUGUUCCGGUUAUAACCGGUUUUGUUUUUUAAAAGUAAUAACCGGUGAAAAACCGGAUAAAAGACCUCUGGAAAAAAUAACUAAUUCAGAGAAAAAAUAAUUCAUUCAUAUAUACUAACCCACCCUCAUAUUAUUAUGUUUACAGAAAAACGUCUAUAAGCUGAUGUAAAAGCAUCUAUAAGCUAGACAGCUAGUACAUUCUUCAAACCUAAUAUUGGCUGGACGAUAAAGAUGGAUUUGACUAAUAUAGAUCGACUGUCUUUUUAUUACUGUGCCAAAAUUGUGGAUUACUGUAAAUAUAGAGCACAAAGCUCAUGACAAUUAGCAAGAAAAAGACAACGGAAGGUCAAAUCUACGUCAACCAAACCCCAAUAAAACGGGUGAUGGACUACAGUUAACUCGACACCAUACGAAUGAAAAAUGGACCAACAACCAGGAUAUAACAGGGCUCAUUGGAAAAGCUAGAUCCAUCUUCAACCGGAUGAGGGCCUCCUUCAAAACCCACAACUUUGCUUUUGAUAUAAAAGUAAGAAAUCGGCAAUGUUACGUCUUUUCUAUCCUUUUUUACGGUUCUGAAUCGUGGAUAUUGAACGAAGAUACGUGCAGAACAUUGAAAACAUUUAAUAUGUUCCCAUAUUGGAAAAUACUUAAAAUUUUGUGGACUGACGAGUUCACGUAGGAGGAGGUCCUCAGAAGAAUGAAAAAUAAACGAGACUACUAUCAAAUCUCAAAAACUACAAUAUUUCGAACAAAUUAUGAGAAAUGAUGCUCAAAUUAAAUUAUGCUCUGCUACAAUCCGUCCUGAACGAUUUAUAAAUCGAUUGAUUAUCUUGAUAUCGAUAUAAUCUUUCAAUAGUAUCGAUAUCCAUAAUAUUGAUAAUAUUGAUAUCAAUUGGAACGGAUUAUCGCAAAAUAAAUUACAAUUUAAAUGUAACAUUGUAGCCCAAUAAUGCGUAUUGGCUAUUGAUUAAAUAACCGAACACCUCUUAUUGGAAUCACCUGUUUUUUUUACCGGUUAUAACCGCAAGGUUAAACCGUAAGGGCCGGUUUCUCAUAUCGAGUUCAACUCCAGUUUAACCUGAACUUCUAGUGAACGUCAGUUUAAAGUCAAAAUCGUCUUUCUCAAUGGCAGCUAUGUACGCCGUUGUUCCCGCUUGGCGGCGCUAGUAUAGUUGGGGGUCAACGUUUUGACAAUUCGUGAAGUUUGUAUAUGGUGUUUUUGUUUACGAUUUAAUAAAUAAUAAAUUAUGGCAGAAAAAUACGGAUCUUGGACUGUUAGUACGUUGAAAAACGAAUUGAGGAGAAGGAAUGCGAGAGUUACUGGAAAAAAAGAAGCCCUUUAACAGCCUCCACUGUUUACAUAGCCAUCUAUUUCCUAACUGCCCUGUCCCAGUUUCUUAGUCUCUUGCUGCCACAAGAUCAAAUUUAUAUUUUUUGGCUUCGUUUACUAAGUAGAUGCUUCUUUUCCUUCCUGGAAUGAUCCUCUAAUAUUCCACGCCGCUAUUUUAACUAGUUCUUCUUUAUUGCUAUUAUCUCGUUUAUUAUUUUUCGAUUCUUUUUUCCGUUUUCUUUGCCGGGUCAUCUUUGAUGGGUCUCCUAAUACUGCAUUCAGUUCUAGUUUUUUGCAAUGUCUUCCUCUAUUCUCUCCAGCUGCUCUUUUCUUUAUUCCAUUUUCAUAAUUCAUUGUUUAUUGUCAGUCUUUUGUAUCCUGUUUUUGUGCUAUUUCCUUUGAUUUUCUCUUCUUUAGCAAUUCUUCUUAUUUUGGCCAUUAUUUCCCUUUCCGUCCUUCCUCAGAUCAUUUAUAUAUAUUCUUUCUCUCAGUUGCUUGAGUUUCAUCUUAUUUUGAAUUACUUUGGUCUUUUCUGUCUUGCUAUCCAUAUCUAGCAAAUAUAUUUUGUCUCCCAGCUUCUUGCUUCAUCAACGUUUACUUUUACUCGGAUUUAUUUUCUCAAAUUAAAUUCACACAGCGAAACAAAUAUGCAAUGUUUACUUAGAAAUAGAUUAAUUUGAAGUGUUGACGUGACCUCCAACUACACGAGCGCCACCUACGUUGAGCUUUCCAGAUUAGCUGCCAUUCACCUUCAACUGAACUACGUUCAGCUUGAACUUUUCUUGAACGCUGAAAUUCGACCGUUCAGAACCCACUGAACCCAGUUCAGAUGAUUUCACGGAUUACGCAUGCGUUGUAUUAUUGCAACUUAUCAUGAGACGCAUAUUAAGCAUAACGAUAUACGAUAACAUUAUUUUUAUGUUUAUUAGAUUUAUUUAUAAUUAUUAAAAUGACUGUUUGACUAUUAAUACUUAAAUUUAACUUUAUUCAGAAACAGCAUAAAAAAAGUUAUACAACAUGGCGAUGGUUUUACAGUCUUCCAUCUAUUGUCAUUUCUGGAAAGCUUCCAGGCAACCAAGUGACGUCAUAUAACGUCGAGGAAACGUCAGUAUUGGUUGAAUAUAUACACGUGUUUGAACAUUACGUCAUAUAUACGUCUUUUGUAGGUGAUUUUAAAUACGUAAGAUUAAUGACGUUUAAAUACGAUUAAAAAACGUUUUCAUUUCAGACAGCCUAAGUCUGAUGUCACAAAAAUGAAAGGAGCUUAAAGCUUGUUUGUAGUGGCUAGUGACUCCAAACAAUUUCGUUUAUAACGUUUAAAAUAAUGUUCAUAAGAAAUUUAUCCUUUAUUGUUUACGUGGUUUGUGUCUUGUGUGAUAAAAUGAGACUUUUCAUUUAGAUAUUUAGUUGAAGAAACGUGCUAAUUGAGAGUUUUUUAUUCGUUUUGGCUCAGUGAGUUAGUUUAAUGCAGUAUUUCUUCUUGACAACUAUUUGAGGUUAUGUUUAUUUUCUGUUAAUAAACUAAUUAUUUAUGUGUCAUCUAGUUUAAUUAAAUUAAUCUUUAUCCUUAUAAGAUUGCUUCAGCAGUCUACAAUAUUUAGCUAUGAGAUGGCAAAGAUAAAUGACGCUCAUGUACUACUGUAUACAGGUAUUCCCAACAAUGAGUUGUUUAUGAUCCUUUUUGAUUUAAUGAACACGUGAAAGCGUUAAAUUAAGAUAUUAAGUAUGCUGAAUAAAAAUUAUUUAAUAGUUUAUAUGUUGUUCCAGUUUUGACACACUAAGCAGGUAUAUAUAAAUAGUGAAAAUUCUACCUAUAAUGCGAGGGCUGGUACAAUCAUGCAGAAUCAAUGUUAGAUUGCUUGUAGUGCACAAGCGAUCUUAAACAAGUGGUAGUAUAUCUUGGACACAUGGAACUUAGACCUAUAGGUUUCAUGUUACCUAUUUUUUAUACUAUUUUGAAUUAUCUGAAAGAGGUCACUUUUUGAAAGUACUAAAGACAAGAUUUUACCGUCGUCAUCUUUUUGGCGUUUGGUAAAUUUUCACAAUCUCGACGUGAAAAAAAUGUAGGUACGAUGACGUUUUAAAAUCGUCACAAGUAUGACGUCAAAUCGAUGAGACAAAUAUACGUGAUUUUCAACGUCAGUAUUACGUCAUAUAAACACGUCAAUUGGUCAUUUUUAUGACGUGUUAUCUACGUUAUAAAAACGUUGUUUGGUUACAUGGGGUAUAACUUGAAUUGGCAAUGAGAAUCGCAUUUCCAAAUAAACCGACGUUCACGGAUGAACCGUAGUCAACUGAACUAUAGAUUACCGCAGGUAUGAGAAAUCGACCCUAAGUAAGAAAAACCGGUAUAACCGAAACCGAAAACCGGUGUUUUGUCAACAACCGCCAUCCCUAGGCCUGUGUUAAGGAGUUAUGUGUUUAGUUUCCAGCUUUUCAUACCGUAUAGGAGUAUGAAUAACACAUAACACCUAACCAUUCUAAUUGUUAGAGUCAUGGUGCUGUCAACGGUUUUUUUCAUUUUGACGAACUCGGCUCGCGUUUGUUCAAGACGUAGGUAAACGAAUUUCUUCUGAAUUCUGGUUAGUCUCGUUGACAAUAGUUCCAAGACAUUUGGUGUUAUUAUAACUAUAUAAUCAGAAUAUCUGAUGUUGUUGAUACUAACUCUAUUUAUCGCUAUUCCAGCUGACUUAUAUUCUACUGCUUCACGGAAAAUAUAUUCAGAGUAUAAAUUAAAUAGCAUUGGCGAGAGAAUACAUUCGUGUCGUUUACUCUUUUGAGUACUUAUUUCCUCUAACACGGAGCAUUAAAGUUUUAUUCUUGCUGUUUGAUCCUAGCAAGUAUAGUCUUAAUAUUAUUUGAACAUUUUGAUAAUCGAUAUUUAGUUUAUACAAGAUUUUCAGUAGCAUUGUCAAAGUCCUUAAUAUAGUCAAUAAAGCAGAUAUACAUAUGUUGGUUAAUAUCUGUGUAUUUUUGUGUCAAUAUAUACAAUGCAAACAAGUCUUCUCUGGUGCCCAUACCAUUGCGAAAUCCUCACUGUGUAUAUAUGUUGUUACAUUUGUUGUAAAUUCUGUUAUGUAUAAUUUGUAGGAAGACCUUUAAUAUACCUAUUAACUCAUUAAGCUUACAAGCCAUUAAUCAUCACAGCUGGUAGGACUGAUCAUAGAAUGGUGAAAAAGAUCAAGAUAUGCAUUCUUUUGGAAUUGGGCCACUUUAUCUAAUAUAGAAUCAAACUGGUCCACCGUCCACCAAAACAUAUAUAGAUUUGUCGUCCAGUAUUCUUAGAAGUUCACCAUAAAUAUCAUCUGGUUUUACCCCUUUUUCUCAUUUUCAUGGCUUGUUUUACCUCAUGAGAUGUUAUUGGAGGUGAGUCUUCCAAAAGUGUUAAAGCGCAAUUCCUUGGUCUAUUAUUAUUUAAGAGCUGAGAUAGGCAAUUAUUCCUAUAUAACUUUUUCUUUUAAGUUCAUGAUUAUCGUAUCAUUUUAAUUUCUUAAUAUGUUUGUUUCUUGUUUGAAUCCAAGACCGACCAAUUUCUAUGUAGGUAGUUCUUUAAUUUUAUUGUCCUUUCCUUUAUCCACUUUUCCUUUGCUUCCUUAAUUGUGUUUCUGUUUGUCAUGUGUUGUUUACAUCAUUCUUUUAUCUUUGUUUUCUACGUCCAUCCAUUAGUGCAAAAAUCUCCUGGAAUGUCCAUUUUUGUUUUUAUGGUGCUCAUUUCUACUUAAAGUUUUGCUUUGAGUAUUAGGUACUAUUAUUUGUUUAAUUUUUGAGAACUACAUACACAUGUGGAUUUGUUGUUUUCUUUUCUCCUUUUAGAUCAUGAAAUUUUGUAUGAAUUAGCUGAUUUGUAAUUUAAGCCGUGUUUUGUUAGUCGCAUAUGCGCUUGUCGAUAACCACAGGAUUGUAAUCAGAUGCAAUAUCGGUGUCUGGGUAAAUCUUUACUGGUUUUAUCCCAUUUCUAAACUUCUUACUAGCGAAAAUUUAAUAAAUUUAAUGUCACUUUCCGCUUAUUUUUUCUAUUGUUGCUUUCCAUGUCUAUAAUAUUCUCUUUGACAGCUUCAAUAAGGUGAUUCUCACUAUCAUUUGUUUUUUUACACAAAAUUGCAAUAGUCCGUCUCCACUCACAAUCCGAACUUCCCAAUGUACUUCUCUUAACUUUCUUAGCUGAAUUUGGCGAUAGUCGCCCAUUAUUACUGUGAUUUUACGCUCUUUUCUUUAUUUUAACACAUCUUGUAGUUGUUCGUAUAAUGCUUCGAUUUCUUCCUCAAGAUUUUUCAGCGGUGGAGCGUAUAGGUACCUGUAUUAAAUUAAAUUUCCCAAUGGUUACUUCACUAAAGUUGAAGCAUGAUUACUCUAUCGGAGUAAGGUAGAAUGAUUAAAAAGAAUUUCCACUCCCUUUAAGUGGUUUUUAUCAGUGUAUAGGUACCACGUAUGCAUCUGUGUUUAUGUUUUACCCACACGAUUGUAAAAUGUUUUAUGAUUGUAGCAUAUCUCACAUUUAACUAAUUACAUAGUUAACAUAGUUUAAAAUAAUCCUUAAUUAUUGCGGUCUGUUUUUAUGUAACUUGUAAUCCUUGUUCAAACACCUUUUUUUCGCAUUUUUCAAAGAAACAUAUGAAAAAAAUAGGGAAAUGUUUGGAACAACUAGAAGUACCUACCUAAAACAUUAAACAUAAUCAUAGAGAGUGCAUACAGGACAGCCUGACGAAAAGUGCAAGUGGGAGGUCAAAGGUUCAAUGUAUCCCAAAUAAACAAAGGAAUAAAACAGGGAGAUAUUUUAUUAGACCCAUUGUUGUUUGAUUAAUCAUAAUUAUUAAGAUGGGAUUAUAAAUAACCUCAAAGCUAAAGAAGAAAACCUAGAUACAAAAAUUGGGUACACGAACUUGCAAUCAAAAAACUUUACGGAGUUCACUCUACGUAGAUAUUGUACCUACUGGUAGCGAAUAAUAGGUAUAAAUAAAAUGCAAAGCGCAGAGGCUAGUGAAUUCGUGGACUGAAAAAUUACUAAAAAUUAAAAAUAAGGUGAAUAUAAAUAGAACAAAGACGAUGAUAUUAAAUUAAAAAUAAGACCAAAACAAUACGUACGAAUAUCUGUACAGCAUUGUGACUGAUUAAAUACUCUCUUCGUGACCCAACUUUUAAAUUGUUUCUUGUAGCAGACUUGCAGAAAAAGGUUUUUGAAUGUUCUAGGAUUUUAAGCUUGGAUAAACACGAACAAAUGCAAUUUGUGUGUUCCAGUAGCAUUAGAACACGGCGUAAAUAUGAUUAUAUCUUUACUCAUUUUACGACCUGGUAGGCUUGCUUCUUUAGAGAACACGAAUGUUUUGUUGGGCAACAAUUUCCAACACAGACCACUCUUGUCUGCGUUAUAGAUUUGGUUAGGAAGGCGGCCCAUUUCUUCUACUUUGACUUUAAAUUGCUGGAUAAAUGGCUGCAUUGCUGACUCGUGGCUUGACAAUUUUCCAUUCGAUAUAGUUAACAGACGACCAACGAAAAUGGCACGAAAAUCUUUUUUUGUAAGUUUUUACUAAAAUUUGAUUUCUUUUGUUUAAGUUCUCCGGAUAAGGAAUCAGAGGUGUAACGAGAAUGAUCCUAAGGGAGGGUUUAAAACUACUUAAUGGUCUCUGAGGGGUAUGGAAUAGUAAUGGUGUUAAGCGUAUAGAGCUCAAAGUACAUCCUAAUGGGGGGGGGUUAUAACCCCCAAAAUCCCCCCUGGUUACGCUCAUGUAAGGAAUCUGUUUAAAACCCUCUUGCAUGAACUAGAGAGGGAGGCUUUUAUAUCUUUGGAUAUUAACCAACUCUUAUUUAGGCUACGCUUUCCUACUCUUUUCUGGUUCAGACUAUUUCGUCUUCACAUGGCAGACUUAUCAUUAAUUUGUUUUUUUUUUUCAAGAUGAUGUAUAGUUCAACUUCGUAUUCUUUUCCCAAUUUGCACAUGUUUUCUCCACUUAACACUUCAUUAAAAUGUCCAUUUUAUCUAUCAAAAGGCACGACGGUGUCGGUUUCUUGAAGGAUUAGUGAGAUUCUACUGUAAUCGGAUACAAACAUCACUUAAACUGUUUUGUUUUGCAUUUUAAGUAACCGUUGCAUACUUUAUUUUAGAUACGUUUUUUGCAGCAAAAUAUGAGUCACCAUAUUUUGGUUUAAAUUUAGUUUUAAAUUAAGAUAGCUGUAUGAUUCAAAUAAUUACCUCAAAUAUUAAGUAUAAUAAAUAAUGUAAAUGAAAUUUUAGCAAAUAAUAAUUUAUUUUUUUAUAGGGUGCAGUAUACCUACAUCAUUUAUCAUAGAAAAAGAAAAUUUGAAAUUUUUGUUUUCUUUUUCAUAAUUUUAGGAAAUAAUAAACAUGAAUUUUAGUUGUUAAUAGCAUUUGGGCCACCCCUAGUCAUAUAAUUAUAAAGCUUGGUAUCUGGGAGCUAUGCUCAUUAUUCAGUUUUGCAAAAAAUUGUGUGUCACUGCAAUCCACACCUCGAGUAAAGCAUUUGCGUGUGACUGUUGUUUGUUAUUGUUGUUUCCCCAAAUAGUUUCCUCAAAUAGCUCUAAAUAUGCUCUAUUAUAUGGUAUUCACAUCCGGAGAAUGGCAAGUCGAUUCAUUCCCCAAAUUUCGUGUUUUUUAACAUUCUAAUAAAUAUCCGACAACAGUAAGGACGGAAAUUAUCGUCAAUUAAAGGAAAAUAUUCUCCAGACAAUCUCGCCAAUUAAUUUAACAUCUCUUGAGUAAGAGGUCUCUUGGCUGGCUUCGUCUUUCAAAUGUAUGCUUCAUCAAUAAUCCAGAAUAUACAGUAUAGCCCGAAAUAUACAGUAGGUACUGAAACUGAAACAUAGGUUUCUCUUUCUGUACGCUGUAAUACCCAAAUUAACUUGUAUAGACCUGCCAAGUAAUUCUUAACAAUUACUAAUUAUUAAUAAUUUUAUACUAUACUAAUUGUGUACUAUACCUACUCUAUACUGUAUAACCGAUUUUUACUUCUAAAUUUUUACUUGAAUCCGUCGAUACUACAUACAUUUGGUUAGUAUUGUUUCUUAUUCUUUUGUAUAAUAAUGGUAUUUUUGUAUUUUAUCAUAUUGGACGUGCAAUAGCUUUAAUAGUAAUUGAACACUUGGCAAUAUAUAGAUGAUUACUAUAGCAAUCUAUGAAAAUUCAUAAGUAUGCAUUCGCAAUAUCUUUUGUAAUUUUUUUGGACUCAAAAGUUUUAACGAAAUUUUAGUCUUUUAAUAUAAAAUUUCGUAAAUGUGAUGAAAAGACGCGUAAUGGAUACUGAAGUCACAUACAAACUAAGGAUCCAUAAAUAUCCAUACAUCUCUCUUUAUUAAGACUAUCUAUGGUUUUAUUUGUAAUAUAUUUCUCAGCAAUAUAAUAAUUAAAACACUAUAAGCAUAAAAGCAUUUAAAAUAUACAUGGAAAUACAAAGUUUUUAAAAUGUGUUCUAGGAUAAUCAUCACUUUGAUUGCCUACAGUGGAGUCAAUGUAGUUUUUAAUUGUGGAAAAAAUCAAACAAGAUAGAACUUUUUAUAAUUUUACUGAGAAAUGUAUAAUAUCAAAAAGUUCUACUCCAAAAGUGUGUGCUUAAUUUUUUAUUAAACAAAUUAACUGCAAAAUUAGUAUAUAUACACUUAUAUGUAUAUAUUAUAUAUAUAGUCUUUUAAGUCCCUUUUACUUUUCAGUGUCGGGAAAAUAAGUUGUUGUUUAAAAUACCAAGGAAAAUAUAAAUUUUAUAAAAAAACUGACAUGCCCAUUGACGAAUUCAGAAAUUUUUAUAAAAAAAAAUUAUAUAAAGAUUUUUCUAAAAUUACAUAUACAACUUCUAUAAUUUUUUACUUAACGCUCGAGUCACCCCUCUUACAAACAUUGACGCGCUGUAUGGCAGCAUUCGGCGAAAGGUGCGGUUAAUUUAAUAUAACUUUUUAAUUAAUUGAUCAAAUUAAAUUUUUAAAUGGGUAUACUAUAAAGAAAUAUACAGUGCGUCCAUAAAGUAACGCAUAAAUUCGUUAUUUCGUAAAGCGCCGUUUAAGGAAAAAUCCCAGAACAGGUCGAUUUUUAUUUUUAAAUUACGAUUUUUUGGCAUAUAUAUCAUACUAGUGACGUCAUCCAUCUGAGCGUGAUGACGUAAUCGAUGAUUUUUUUUAAAUAGGAACAGGGGUCAUGUGAUAGCUCAUUUGAAAGGGUAUUCAAUUCUGUAUCCAAUAAUAUAAACAUUAACAUAAUUAUUUGUACAGGGUGAUCAAAAAACAUUUCUUGAAUUAAAAUAAGUGAGACAAAAAGAAGAAUAUAUGUAAUUUAUUUUAAUUUUACUACUGUCAGUAAAGAGAAAAAAAAAAUAAUUUGACAAAUAAACAUUGAUUUUCGUUUAAACGAAAUGUUCAAACUGCCACGAGACAGGUGGGUGGCAGCUUUAACAUUGAAUUUAAGCAAAAAAUAAUAUUUAUUUGUCAAAUAAACAUUUUUUUCCUGUUUUCUGACAACAGUAAAACGUAUUUUGAAUUAAAUAAAUUACAUACAUUCUUCUUUUUGUCUCAAUUAUUUUAAUUAAUAAAAUGUUAUUUUGAACACCUUGUAUAAACAAAUAUGUUAAUUUUUAUAUCAAUGAAUAGAAAAUUGAAUAUCCUUUCAAAUGAGCUAUCACAUGACCCCUAUUCUCAUUUAAAAAAUCGUCGAUUACGUCAGCAUGCCCAGAUAGAUGACGUCACUAGUAUGAUAUAUAUGCCAAAAAAUCUGAAUUUAAAAAUAAAAAUCGAACUGUUUCGGGAUUUUUCCUUAAUAUCGCCGGUUUACGAAAUAAUGAAUUUAUGCGUUACUUUAUGGACGCACUGUAUAUUAUGUGAAUAAGUACAGUGUGGGUGGAAAGUGGGACUUACAUGAAUUUUGUUCAAAAAUUAUUUAAAAACGUGUUAGGUACUAAUACAAUUUUUUCCUAUAAAAAUCUUAAACUUACACAAAUUACUUUUCAAACAUCGUACGUAUUAAACGAUGUCUUAUUAAAAAAAAUCUCAAAAAAAUUUAUUCAAAUGAUACGACGUGUCAAAAGAUUAAUUUAAUUUUUGAGAACUUCUUGGUGUUUUUUAAAGCUUGAUAUGUAAUUUUUAAAACGCACUAAAUUAUUUUACUAUAAGAAUGAAAUAAACAACUUUUUUUUGAGAAAAUUAAGAAAAAUCAAAAAGUUUUUUCUGUACAACUAACCUAAAAUGCAUUUAAUAACAAGCUUGAAAAAUAAUAAAUGUAUAAAUUUUUUUUUUUUUGGGCUCUUAUACAGUAUGUCUGAGCAAAGGCACGUAUCCACUACACUUGUGCUCCACGCUCCUGUAACUGCUCCACAUAGUGGAUACGUUGGCACUCCCGGACCGUGCAACAGUGCGCGCUCCGCUUCGGCGGUCCAAUCGGUGGCUUUUUAUAUAUAGAGGAGCGCAUGCCGUAUCGAUUGGAGCAGUUGCAGGGAACACGGAGCGCACGUGUAGUGAAUACGUGCCUGAACAUUACUAAUUUUACGAAAAAAAAGUUAUUCAUAAAAAGCCCUGCAUGAUAUAAAAUCUCUGAUGCAACCAUUAUGUAUCCAAUUUGUUUUUCCCCCUUGUGUCCAAUCUUGUGACGUGGUUUUAAGACGAUUAUCAUUUUUAUUUCGCCUUGGCCAUUCACAGGUUGAUAGUAGAUACUCUUUCUAAGCUAAUAGAUUGCACAAAAACCGCAAAAUGACCAAACAUUAACAUUCAUCGUUUUUCCCUUUUUUACAUUGCUAAAUUUCGAGAGGUCAACAUACUGAAUAGCAGGUAUAAUAAUUAAAAGUACAAUAGGUUAAAAUUCAUUAAUUUCUACUUGCGCUGAAAAUUUAACCACGCCAUUCAAAUACAAGUGACUUUGUAAUAAGCUUAAGAUUAAGGUUUCUAAAAUCUCUUGACAGAUACUAGGUAUACAUCCUUCUAACUGAAAUAUUGCACGAAAUUCAUAUUUUUUGACAUACCGCGUAUAAAACUGAUAAAAUUUGACAUGUGUAUUAUGAUUGCAGAAUAGAUUUUAGACCAUGCAGACCAUAAAGAAUAACUUUUUUCGUAAAUUAAUAAUAAAAUAGUUAUCGCAAUUUUAAUAAAAUGAUGUUGGGUAUCCGUAAUUUAAGAAAAAUUUGCAUUUAUUUUUAAUUAUAAGGAUUUAAUUGCAUAUUAAAACAUAAUUUUUAAUUCCAAACAACUUUUCAUAAUAACAACAAUUUUCGAUAUUAUGAAAUAUAAAGUACUUUACUCUUGAUCGAAAUUCAUAUUUCUUGGCAUACCUCGUACAAAAUUUAAUAUAUGAUGAUUGGCAUCUUAGAUUUUUGACCAUGCAGAGCAUUUGAUGGAGAAUAACUUUUUUUCGUAAAAUUGAUAAUAAAAAAAUUUCCCAUAUGGUUCGAAGUUACACAGACAUAGUUAAUGUAUAAGAACUCAAUUUUUUUGUAUUUCCUAAAUUGUAAUGUCAGAUUCGGAUUCAGCAUAAUCAAAAACAAAAUAGAAACAUUUUUGAUAAACUAAAAUCAAAAUCUUAGAAUAUAAAAUAAAAUGAUGAAUUCGCCGAUAUUUUUAAAAUUGUUUAUUCAACAUAGCUUUUAUUGUUUAAAUAAUUAAUAAACAAUUAGCGGCUAUAUAGUCUAGGCGCUAAAUAGAGGUCACCGUGUCCUCUUCAAUUCUGAUGGACAAACUCAAUGAAUUUUUGAUCUCUUUGAUUUUUGAAUUUCGAUCCGAGUGGUCAAAAAAUUGUUAUAAACAAUUUAAUUGUUUAUAAGGCUCUGGUUCAUAAACUAAAAAAGAAAAAAAAUGUUAUAAUAAAUAAUAAAAAAAAUAAAAUUUGUUCCUUAAUAAAAAACGACGAAAAAAAGGUUUACUAAAUUUAAAUCCAACAAUUAGAACUCAAGAUAUUGUAAAAUUAGUGCACAAUGCAAAUUGCAAAUUGCAAAAUUAGUAUUUUUUGAAGCUUUAUCGAUCGUAACUCGGCUUCUACGCAUGAAAAUUAGCCUUAGAAGAUCUCAUUAAAGAUUAAUUAAUAGGCUUCCAAACAAAGUUUGUUAAAUUACUUUAUCUUCAGUUGUUUUAAAGUUAUGUCCGUUUGAAAUUAUAAUUUAAAAAAAAUGUACAUUAAUUUGUUUAUAAGGAUUUCAAGCAAAUUUGAGCUAUAAACAUUUAUACUUUAAUUAACAAUAAUGACAUAAGAACUCAAAAGGAAUAAUUUGAGCGUAUGAAAAUGUUCGUAAGUUUAUUUUUGGCCAAGAUAUCGAUAUUUUAAUCGAUAAUUUUGAGGCGCAAGAUCGGCUCAUAGCGUAAAGGUUCACGCGCUAACUUCUCGAUGCAAAUUAUAAUUUCUAUGUAUACAUAGUGAGUUUUAUGUAUGGAAACACCCAAUUAUCUCGAAAACGGCUUAGACGAUUUUUAUAUAUUUUGAAAGGUAGGGGUUUUCUAAUGCGGCCCAUAUUAUAGUGCUAAUUACAUUGUUGUCAUACUUUCCGUUUUUCUGGAAAUCUAACGAACUUUCUUAUUUCAAAUAGAACACCCUGUAUAUUUUUUGCGGUUUGAAGUCCUUAAGAAAUAUUGAUUAUUUUUUAUGUUAUAUUCCCUAUACCUUAAUGCCAUAAUUUCGGAGUUUACCCUACAUUUAUUUAAAAAAAAUUAACAAAUUAUAAAAAUCAAUUUUUUUGGCCCGGGUAAACACUAUUUUAGGUUGUUUAGAUCAUUGGGAACAAAAAAGAUCUUUUGUAAUUUUUCUCUGAAAUUAAUCGUUUUCUCGUUAAUAAUCGAGUUAUAAACAAUUUAAAACUGAAAAAAUCGAAUAAUGAUGAUUUUCAAGGUUCAAGAACACAAGUAAAAAAUAUAAUUUUUAAAAUUUUAAAGUACCUAAAUUCAAGCCCAACUCUUCUUCUAAUAGGUUGCCAUAAGAUUUUUUGCCUCCUUUUAUUGUAUAACAUUGCUUUUUAAUUUUUAAUGAAGUGCAUAUGAAAGGACGGGCGAUCGGGCUGCAUUAACAACUAAAAAACAAUAUUUAAAAUGAAACAAUCUCAAAUAACUUAUCGGUAACUCAUAAAAUAAGCCUUCAGCUUGAAUUUGGGUACUUCGUAGUUUCAAAAAUAACAUUGUAAAUUUGUGUUCUUGAACCUUGAAAAUCGUCAUUAUUCGAUUUUUUUCAGUUUUAAAUUGUUUAUAACUCGGAAAAGAUUAAUUUUAGAGAAAAAUUACAAAAGAUCUUUUUUGUUACCAAUGAUCCAAACAAUCUAAAAUAGUGUUUACUCGGCCCAAAAAAAUUGAUUUUUAUAAUUUGUUUAAAAUUUGUUUUUAAAAUAAAUGUAGCAAUAACUUCGAACUUAUGGCAUUUAUGUAUAGGAAAUAUAACAUGAAAAAUAAUCGGUAUUUCUUGAGGACUUCAAAAUGCAAAAGAUAUAUAGGGUGUUUUAUUUGAAAUAAGAAAGUUCAUUAGAUUUCCAGAAAAACGAAAAAUAUGACAACAAUGUAAUUAGCACUAUAAUAUCGGCCGCAUUAGAAAACCCCUACCUACCAAAAUCUAUAAAAAUCGUGGAAACCGUUUUUGAGUUAAUUGAGUGUUUCCAUACAUAAAACUCACUCUGUAUAUACGUUAUCUUCAUUUUUCAUUUUUGAAGAUCCUAAUAAAAUUUUAUCAUAUAAUUCUUAUAAUUAAAUUAUCUUAUUGUACCUCGUAUCACCUUUCAUUCUAUGUAUAGUCCGUCCGUUAUAACUUUUCCCAUGCGGUACGAUUCAUUUUCAAUCAAAUUAAUUCAAAACAGAAAGUGAAACGUACGCCGAUGUGUGUAAUAUAUAGUAUACAGUAUACAAAAUGUAUAUACAUAUCGACGUUCGUUUCAAUUUAUAUGUUUUGACUUAAUUUGAUUGAAAAUGAAUCAUACCGCAUGGGAAAAGUUAUAGCGGACGGACUAUACUUUGUCUUCUAUUUUUUGUACUAAAUGAGAAAAAAAAACAUUAAAAACUAAUAUUUCAGAAAUAUAACUAAAAAGUAAGUUAAUAUUAUAUAUUAAUACUAUUUUUACGGACAUUUUCUUACAUGCAUCUGCAUCGAGAUAUACAGGGAAUGUCAACUUUUUUCAUCUGCAUAAGUUCUUAGAGCAAUUUUUACAGAUACAUGAUACAUGGUGGUACUAAAUCUGAUCUUAAAGGCAUUAAGAUAUCGAUAUCUAGGCCAAAAAUAAACUUACGAACAUUUUCGUAAGCUCAAAUUGUUUCUUUUGAAUUCUUAUUGGUAAUGCAUCAUUAUUGUUAAUUAAAGUAUAAAUAUUUAUAGCUCAAAUUUGCUUGAAACCCUUAUAAACAAAUUAAUGUACAUUAUUUUUUUGAAAAUUAUAAUUUUAAACGCGUAUAACUUUAAAACAAAUAAAUAUAACGUAAUUUAACAAACUUUGUUGGGAAGCCUAUCAAUUGAGCUUUAAAAUGAAACCUUUUAAGGCUCAUUUGCAUGCCUUGAAGCCGAGUUACGAUUGAUAAAGCUUCGAAAAAUACUAAUUUUGCAAUUUGCAAUUUGCAUUGUGCACUAAUUUUACAAUAUCUUGAGUUCUAAUUGUUGGAUUUAAAUUUAGUAAACGUUUUUCUUCGUUUUUUAUUAAGGAACAAAUUUUUUUGAAACAUUUUUUUUUUAAUCUUUUUUAGUUUAUGAGCCAAAGCCUUAUAAACAAUUAAAUUGUUUAUAACAAUUUUUUGACCACUCGGAUCGAAAUCCAUUCUCGAAAUUCGUAAUCAGCAGCCAAAAAUCCGUAAGAAACCGUUGAGUUUGUCCAUCAGAAUUGAAAAGGACACGGUGACCCCUCUGGCGCCUAGACUAAUAUCUGUGAGUAGAACUUUUUACUUUAACAUAUUUAUAAACUAACAAAAAAAGUUUUAGAAAAAUACAAGCUGGUUUGAUUUUUUUCGUAAUAAAGCAAGUUUUCGAUCUACAAUAACUCCCUUACAUGCCCUUACUAUGUGAAAUAACUUAUUUAAAUUACAAGAAACAUACAGUAAACAUAAGAAUAAACAGUAUUAUAAAACGUUUAAAUAUAAUUAUGUAUUUUAUUUAUCAAUAAAUUGUAUACAAAAGUA